UUAGGUUAAACCACUCAAGACAAGUUUAGAAUGAAGUUACUUCUAUUGAUACUGGUCCUGCAGGUCACUACCUCUGGAGCAGUUUCCCUGCCCAGCAAUGCAAGCCCAGAAGAAAAUGCCAUGGCAUUAGCUAAAAGGUACUUGGCAAGCUUUUAUGACCUCAAGAUUGACGAUGUCAAAGCAACAAAAAUAAAAGUCCAUGGGAACAUCAUGGAGAAUAAACUCCAGGAAAUGCAGCAGUUCUUGGGGCUAAAAGUGACUGGGAAGCUCGAUGACUCUACUCUGAACAUGAUGCGCACACCUCGAUGCGGAGUGCCUGAUGUUCAUGAUUUCAGGACAUUUCCACAGAGGCCAGUGUGGAAGAAACGUGUUAUCACCUACAGAAUCAAUAAUUAUACUCCUGAUAUGAGACGUGAGGAUGUCGACUCUGUCAUCCAGAAAGCUUUCCAAGUAUGGAGUAAUGUGACGCCCCUGAGAUUCAGAAGGAUUAACAUAGGGGAGGCUGACAUUAUGAUACGCUUUGCAUUUGGAGCUCAUGGAGAUUUUAAUCCUUUUGAUGGCAAAGGUGGAAUCUUGGCCCAUGCCUUUGGACCUGGGCCUGACAUUGGAGGAGAUACACACUUUGAUGAGGCUGAAAUCUGGACUAAAACCUACAAAGGUACAAACUUGUUCCUAGUUGCUGUUCAUGAGCUUGGUCAUUCCUUGGGUCUUGAUCAUUCCAAAGAUCCAAAGGCCAUAAUGUUCCCCACCUAUAGUUAUGUUAACACCAACUCAUUUCAUCUGUCUACUGAUGACAUACGUGGCAUCCAGUCUCUCUAUGGAGGCCCAGAGAAAUACCAUCCCUCACCAGGACUCGACAACACAGAAUCAGUUACCUGUGACCCCAAUUUGAGUUUUGAUGCUAUCACUACAGUGGAUGAUAAAAUCUUUUACUUUAAAGACAGGUUCUUCUGGUGGAAGCUUCCUGAGAGUCCAAAGAGCAAUGCUAGGUUAAUUUCUUCUUUAUGGCCAACUUUACCAUCAGGCAUUCAAGCUGCUUAUGAAAUUGGAAACAAAAAUGAAGUUUUUCUUUUUAAAGAUGAUAAGUACUGGUUGAUCAGAAAUUUAAUACCACAGUCAAACUAUCCUAAGAGCAUACAUUCUUUGGGCUUCCCUGACUUUGUACAAAAAAUUGAUGCUGCUGUUUUUAACCCACUUUUCAAUAAGACGUACUUCUUUGUAGAUAACCAAUAUUGGAGGUAUGAUGAGACAAGACAAAUCAUGGACCCUAGUUAUCCCAAAUUGAUUACCAGGAACUUCCUAGGCAUUGGGCCUAAAAUUGAUGCAGUCUACUACUAUAACAGACAGUACUAUUUCUUUCAAGGAUCUAACCAACUUGAAUACGACGUCCUACAUAAUCGUGUCACCAAAAUACGUGAGCUUGGUUGUUAGCGAUUUAAUGAAUGGUGUUUUGCCAAUUUACUUUGGCUUAAUAAGUAUGUAUUGCUGACUUGAUAUGUGCCCAAUGUACUUUUACAUAGUGGUAUGUAUCAUAAAAUAAUGCUUCAGGUCAUAGGUAACUGAUUAU